AUGUCAGAAGAGAGUCCUCUCCUCCCACACCGUCCACAACAACAACCCCAACCCCAAGAAUCACAUAAUAAACCCCAAUCUCUAAAAGAAAAAUACGGCACCUGCACCACAAUCCUCCACUACGGCACCUCCAGCUCCGUCCGUCUCUACACCACCAACACCAACACCCCCAGAAAAGAAAAAAGAAGAAAGAAAGAAGUAUACGUCCUCAAAACCCUCCGCCCAACCCCCUCCUCGACCAAACGCACCCUAAAAUCAACCCUCGAAUCCAUCCUCUCCUCCACCCUUCAGCACCCGCAUCUUCUCCAAACAAUCGACAUUCUUCCCAACUCGAGGGGGGAGACGUGUCUCGUGAGCGAGUACUGCGAGUUAGGGGAUUUGGGAACGUAUAUAUGCUCCAAAGCAUGGGAAGAUAUGCUAGUAAUGAGGGAGAGGGGGAAAGAUGCAGUGAUGAUCGCGGAUAGGAUCUUCUAUCAGAUUAUGAGCGCACUGGAGUUUCUUCAUGAGAUGGGAGUCGUGCAUGGGGGGGUUUGUGUCGAGAAUGUUUUUCUUUCGUGGGAUUGUUCUUCCGAGGAUGGGAGUGGGAAUACUGGGAAUGGGAUAUGUGUCAAGUUGGGGGAUCUGGGGGAUGCGCGGGUGUUCGAUUCAAGGGAGUUUCAUGGUCUUCUUGGUCAUGCUGGGGAGGAUGGUGGUGGUGGUGGUGGGUACUAUGCGGCGUGGAAAGAAGAUGUUUAUCCCCUUGUUAGGGGGUUGUCGAUGGGGAUACGCAAGUUUGAGGAGUUGGAGGGGAUGCAGGGGAGGAGGAUGAUGAGGAAUCCUUAUCUUGCGCCGGAGAUACUUUCUCCUUGCUCUCUUCGGUCUUCUUCUAUUUAUUGUCGACAACAGAGGUAUACGUGCUCGUCUGGGGAGAAGGGGAGGGGUGACCCCGGGGCUGUGGAUGUCUGGGCUGCCGGUAUCAUAUACCUCGUUUUGAGGCUGGGGAGGAUUCUCUGGCGGAGUGCGAGUGAGGAUGAGGAUGGAAGGUAUGCGGAGUAUCUUGCGGGGAGGAAGAGGAGGGAGGGAUAUAGUGCUAUUGAGGGGUUGGGGGAGGCACAAUGUAAGAACGUGGUAUACGCAAUGUUAAACCCAGAUGCAAAUCGACGGAUCAAAGCAUCUGAAGUCAUGAGAUCAGAAUGGAUGUACAACCUCGAUUUACAUCAAUAA